AUGAUUGAUGAAUUGAUACAUAAUCAAGGUCAAAUAGGAUAUAAGAAAAAAUGCUUAGUUUGUCAAACCUCUAACAUCAAUAAUAAGAAGUGGGUUUGUCUUACAUACCAUAGUAAAUUACCAACCAUUGUUGAGAUAAGUCAGCAAUCUAACGAACCAUUUGAGAUUAUAAAUACCACUGAAAAACCACUAGUUAUUCAUUCUCAUAUAUUUAAAGGAUCAAAUAAACUACAAGUUAUUUUAGAAA